AUGCCGAAGAAGAGCACGCGGCAUGUGAGGGAGCCGGGGAACACGAGAAGCGGCCAGCGGCAGCCGCCGCACGGGAGCUGCGUCGCGCUGCCCGGCGCGGCGGCGACGGCGACGGCGGCAGCGACAGCAACGACAGCGACGGCGACAACUGCCGUUCCCGAGGCAGUGAGGCACUUUCGCAGCGUACACAUCGGCGUGACAAACGGCAAGCGAUGGCUGUCGCUGAAGAAACGCCUGGGCCUGACGACAGAUGAGGAUGUCGCGGUGUACCUGUUGGACCUCGCGGAGUCCACCGCCGCCACCAGGCAAGACGGUAAAUGUAAUGGAGCUGAGGACUGGAAGGGAAAUCAAGUCAGAGAUCAGAAUGAGGAAGCCAUCAAGACAGAGAGCCCAGAUGAGGAAGAAGAAGAGGAGGAGCCGAGUCGCAGAAGUUCGAGCAAGCAAGAAUCCGUGCCUGGCACGGACAGAACGCAUUCCACCCGUAUGAUGAGCGAGAGUGUGUCGGAGGUGUUGGAGGACGUGAUCAAGUUGCACUUACGGCGUAGCUCGAGAUCGAAACACCAUAAGAACAAGACACGGCAUCACAAGGACAAGCGGAAGAGACGACGGCACUCGAAGAAUGGCGUCGAGGACGCUUCUACCGGAUUGGAGAAGCCUGAAUGCACCGGCGAGAACACGUUACGAAACGGUUUGGUAGAGAUUAGGGAGUUGAGUAAUCGUGAGACGUCGAUAGUCAGUGAGUUAGAAAACGCUAAAUUAAAAUUAAGUGUAGAGAGCUUCGGAAUCAAUACAAAGGACGUUGAAUCCGCCACGACCAAGACUGAGCACGUAGAUAGUGUAAGAUUUAUAAGCGAUGUACAUAAUACAAGGAAUAAAGAUACCAGAUGCGACGCGAAAUCCGCCGAAGCGUCUAGCGAGUCAGCGAGGAACACUUUAGAGGAUAAUAGGAUUACUAAGCUCCAGUUUAACGACGCAACGCCGUUAUCUCGCCCGAAACGCGCGUGUAACACCGAGGACUUGAACAAAGAUGUAGAAUAUUUAUUAGACCCGAUAUCGAACGCCAACGACUCCGUCGCAGAAACACGAGCGAAGGCAUCUCAGAAGGAAAAGGCGAAUGCGAAGGUACAAGAGCACCAGGACGCAGCGCUCCGCAAUGCGUCGAGGGACGGCGAGCCGAAGGACGCCGAGGAUCGCAAGCUAAAGAGGAAGCGGAAACGACCGCGUCACGACGCGCAAGUUGACGAGAGCUCUACGAAGAACGCCUCCGAGGAUAACGCCACGGACGAGGCGGCAGUGUUCAAGCACCGGAGAAAGAAGCACAGGCACACAAACGAGCACAAAACCAAGAAGCACCACGACGUGCGAAAAGCACCGCAGGACGGCAUCGUCGUUCAGGAAGAGGGGCAAAAUGCGUGUCCGCAGGAAGUCGAGUCGCUGCCGUCGACGGGAGGCGCCGGGAGAACCGCCGAGGGUACCGACGGCGUCAUGUCCGAGCCGCAGAGGCUGGCGAUCAAGAUUAAACUCUGCCAGGAAUGCAACAGCCGCCACUUGCAGGACGCAUGUCCUCUGUCGACGCCGCAGUACACGGUAAAAGACGCGAUCACCUACGUGGAUUGGCUGAGCAAGCACAAAGGGAACGCGGAAGUGACAAAAACCAUCAAAUCGGAGGAUCCAAUGUCCGAGGGCUACGGCCGGUUGACGGACGAUGGCUUCGAGUCGGACGACGAGUCGCUGACAUCUAAUGAGCAGUGCAAGUCAAAGGUGCAGAGGGAGGAGAAGCAGCUGGUGGUGGACGUGGACCGUCCGCUGUACGCCAGGGACUCCUUACCGGAUUGUCUCGAGCUGAGAAUCACCAAUACCGAUCACGGCCUUGGUAUCUACGCGAAAGACGCGGUCCCGAUGUACGCCAAGUUGGGUCCUCUCAUCGGCACGCCAGUCAAGGAGAUGGACAUUCCGGACGACUUCUCCAUGCGUCACAUUUGGGAGAUAGAUAAUAAUGGGAAGAGUAUAUAUAUCAGUACUACAGAUCCGCUAAAGAGCAAUUGGAUACGGUACAUUAGACCAGCGGAGACGAAGGAGAAGAGGAGCGUCGCGGUGAUCAUUAAGCAGGGUCAAUUGCACCUCGUUACAACUCAAAACAUCAUUUCGGGAAUGGAGCUGACGUAUUGGGCGGACUCGCAAACCUCUGCAUGGACGAGGAAGAACAAAAUGGAUAAAACGAAUUGCGGAGGAUGCAAUCUUAAUUUCGCACAUCCGAUAUAUUAUCGGUUGCAUUGCUGCAUUUUUCACGACACGAAUUACAGUUUAACUAUAAGGAAAUAUCAUUGUAAGGUCUGCGGCGCCGCAGUGCUCGGCAAAGAUAAUAUCAUGAAGCACGCGGCAGAAUUGCAUGCGGGUCGUGGUGCAUAUCAGUGCCAGUAUUGCAAGAAGUUUUUCUUGAGGCUGAAUUACCUGGAGAUGCAUCGAACUUACGGAUGCGCGCAAAAUCCGCAACGGUCGCGACCGUUGUGCGACUUCUGCGGCCGCAAGUUUUGCCAACCACAGAAGCUCAAAGUACACAUCAAGAGGAUGCACAGCGACAUGUCCGAGGUGCUCAGGGAAUUUCAGUGUAAGUCAUGUAUGAAACUGUUGGGCUCUCGCGCGGCCCUGCAGCGGCACAUGAAAGAGGUCCACCACAAGAACGUCAUCGCCGCGGCGACUUGCGAUCGAUGCGGAAAGACGUUCCAGAACAAAAGCAACCUGAAGAUACAUAUGCUGACCCACAGCGGUGUGAAGCCAUUUAGGUGUAAGGAAAAGGGUUGUAAGGCGGCGUUCACCACGAAACAGUGUUUACAGUUCCAUUACAAGAAGGUGCACGGUCUUUCGGAGGAGAUGAUGCCCAAGAUCGAGAGAUCGGUGGCGUAUACCUUCGAUGCAUACAGCGGUGGCCUCAUCGAAGAUAUGCCUUGUGAAAGUACUGGUAAUACCAGCAGAAGGAACUCACAGCAGGACAACAGCAACAGUUUGCCAUCCAUGGACGACUGCAGUUCAGAGAGCUUGAAAGUCGAACCGCCGGCAGCGGUAAAUUCCGCGCACAACACUAUCAUAGAUUCAUUCCAAAGCGGAACAAACGCUACGAUGAAGUAUAAGGCGGAGCAACCGGAGCCGCAGAUGCCGACUCCGUCGCCGCAAACGACUCCGUCUCUGUCCGGCGGGCUCGACGGGACGACGAUGGAGAACGUGCGAACGGAAGUCGAUGCGUACGGGACGUCGAGAGUGCAGAGCAAGGGCAGCAAAAAAUGGCUGGGCGAGUUCAAUCCGCCGCCUAUGUCCGACAUAUCCGUCGCUCAUCUACCGGCGGUCUCGGCGGCGCCGCCGUCCUCUGACGUUUACGACUUUCAGGACGGCAGGAAGGACGGCGGUGGCGAGAAAACAGCGGGCUCGCGCGCCAGCACGACGGCGCCGAGUCUGAUUGACAGCGAUAAGCUGGGAUUGAGCGUGUAUCGCCGGACGGAGAGUGCGAACGCGAGUUUGCUGGUCGAGGCGGCCCUGGAUGCUGCCGAGAGGGAUAUAGGCGCGGUGUCCAGUCCGAUUCUGGAAGACAACGAUCGCGAGACCAAUCUCUAUUCCAUCUCGAGCCAGUUGCAGUCGCCGAUACCGCAGUCGCGAUCACCGAAUCACUUGGACACGUACAUCCAGCAACAGGAAGAGCUCAUGUCACCUGCACCAACGCCACACGACGAUCGGCACACUCCCCCGAAUCACCUGCACGUGGACUAUCACCUGCACCGACCGGUCGACUACAUAAAUACUUCGCGUACGCACAAUAUCGAGCAGUACCUGCAUCACGAGGAACUGCCGCGUGUCUCCUCACCGAAUUAUAUCCACAUGCAGCAGGAGGACCUAGUCUCACCGUCGGCUACCCCGAAUCCUCACUACCAAGAUAUGCAUCAUCAUCAUCAGGUACCGACGGACAACCUGUCGAGCGACGAAGGCGACUCGGUGGCGCAGAAUCUUAGUCUGUCUGUGAAAGAAAAGGCGCUGCAGUUGGAUCUGUCAACAUCCUACAAGUACGACUCGCUCGAACAGGAUUUCGUCCGCGAGAGAUCCAACUUCGAACCGUUGGUGCUCAAUAGCGGCGAGCUUCAAGGUCUGGAUAUGUCGGCCAGAGGUUUCCAUCACAGUUUUGGUGCCCAGGUGCAGAAUACGCGUUACCAUCAUCAUCAUCUGUACGACGUCGGUGAGCGACAAAGUGUAGACCUCAGCAGAACGGGCAGCUACUCCAUGUCACCACCGCCGCCGCCGCCACCUUAUCCGCACAGCGACGUUUUGAGAGUGGUCAGCUUGGAUCUCACACCUGGUGGCAGGCACAGCGUCGACCUGAGCCUCUCCAGGUCGCAUCACCUGCACGGAUCCGGCACUCGCGUUAUCACCAGUCCGCAACCGGCCGGCUCGACUACGACGCACGUGGUACCCGAUGCCGGUGAGAGUCGAAUAUUGUCUCCGCCACCGCCACCUUUACCAGGAUACAAUCCCAGUUAUCCUGUGAGUCCGGCUCCGUAUCAUCCGCCGAGACCCGGCUAUCAUCAUUAUCCUGGUUAUUAUUGAUCGUUGUUGACGUUCGUGAAUGUCGCGGCGAUCCGCAGCCAAUGUUUCUUCGACAAAUGUCAUUUUAAUUUGAUAGUUACUUUUACACUCUUUUCCUUGAAUAGGUUGAUUUCAAGAUAAUUAGGAUUUUACAUCUGCCCCUGUUUUUUACAUUGUGAUACGCUCGGGUCACAGAUGAGAACUGCCAUUUUCAUAUGUAAAGUAGCGCAAGGUAACAUUUCAUUCUCUCAUGGUCGGCUCAACAUAUUCCAGUCACGAGAAGAUACGAAACAAUCGUUUGUGAUUAAAGUAAAAGAUUAAAAAACAAAAGCAAUGAAAAAGGCAACUUUCGACUCAAAGAGACAUCAAUAAAAGAAAAAGAAAUCAAUAAUAUCAUAUGGUAGCACAGACGGCAAUGCCGUUAAUUAACAUGAUAAAUAUGCACAAAAAUAUGCACGACACAUCCAUGACGUUCAGAGCGGAUGUUAUUUUUUUAAAAAAAUCAAGUAGCGAGAUUUUACGGAAAAAAAUCUAUUUCAGAAUGAUAGUGUGGAUAAUAUCGGGGAGGGGGGGUUAAUUUAUAUAUAUUAUAUAUAUAUAUAUGUCCGUAAGUAUAUAGCUGUUAAAUUAUUUAUUAUCUAUCUUCCUCCAGUUAGCAUUGUAUUUGCAAAACAGUAUGAUGUGUGCUGAGUAUAUCGUCUAUAGAAUGAUCGUUGAAAUAGAAGAAGAAGAAGUAGUAGAGAUACAUCGUGAUCCAGUGCCACGUCCGUGAUAAUUAAGAUUAUUAAGAAGUUGUUACUUAGCUCCUAGCUUAUAUUCUUCUAUUUCGGAUCUAUACUCCACCGAGGAAUACUCCGUGUAACGUGGCUUUGGUGAGGACAACAGCAUCCCAGAUAGUGUCUACGAAAAUUAUUUUAUGCGAUUAGGAAUAUAGAGAGGAGAAAUUAGAUUAAUAGAAAUUAUUAGAAACUUUUCCACGUGGAAAUGAUUUUAACUUGCCGACUCAUGCCGAGAUAAUAUUUUAACGGAUAAUGUAAAUUUUUAUUAUUUGGAUAUACCCCUUUGAAUUAUAAAGUCCUUUAAAACGUGUCUCUCCCUUAUUUUUAAUAUUACGUGAAGCGUGUGCAAUUGUGUAUUUGCUAUCUGGGAUGCUAACGUAUUCGUGAAAUAAUUCAAUCAAGAUGCCUAACGCGCGGUAGCUGUAAGUAUACUUGCAUGGUGAUAACAAAUUACAAUGUUCAUUUUUAUUCUAGUCAUUACGUACGUUAUAGCGAAGGCGGCAUUAGCUAUACACGUUGCGGAUACUUCGGCGAGCAUCUCGCAAAAUGAUUUGCCGAAGUACCUACGUAUAUUUAUUGCGAAUAUGCAGGAUCGUGUACGAAGUUUGUCUGAAAUUCUAUGUUCUCUCGCUGAUUAAUCUUGUAACGAAGAUUAGUGAUAUCAACGUAUUCCACAUUAUUAAAGUUAAAAACGAUCCCUAUUCUAUAAAGUCCGACUCAAUAUUACGUUACGUUUUACUUUAGACAUAAUUUACGCUUGAGAUGCAUAUACCGGUAUCGAAUGUUUCUCGCAAUACACACACACACACUUGUGUACGACAGCCAUGUUAAUUUCUGUGCCGCUUCCAGAUUUUUAGAUUUACGCCCCAGUAGCCAUUUAUCGAAACCAAAGAUCUAAAAAUAUCAUAAUCUUUGUGCCAAACUGAACGGCGCGCUCAUGUAAUUGUUAUAUAUUAUAUUAUAUUGUAUGCGCAACUCUGUUUUCAGAUGAAUGCAGCGAUUUUAUAAACGACAAUGUGAUGAUUGCUUCUUUCACUCUUUCAUUUUGUCAUAUCUUUUGGUUAUUCAAACGCUUCUCCCAUGCACGGAAGGAUAAAUUUUAUACGACUGUUCGAGGAUCGCGUGCUUUGUCGAUUGUUUUUCGUGUACACGAUUUUUUACGAUGCUUUUGCCAUUAAGGAUAGUUACCAUUUUACUCUCAGUUUAAUCGUGUCGGCUAUCUUUUUAAACGCAUCCGUUUGCGUUGUACUUUUCCGAUCAUAGUUUGUACAUUGUGCGUAAUAUUUAAGGGCAUAACAAACGAGAUACAUCUACUAAAGUAUGAAUAAUAUACAUUUACAUACAUGACAAAAAGGAAAAAUUCAAAAGAAAUGUUUACGAGUACAAAAUGUGGCACAGAAUAUAUUUGUAUCAGGUUUAUUGAUAUUAAUAUUGUAAGUAAUAUUAAUAGAACAUGACAAUGAUUAAGGA